AUGAGCAACCCUAGUGUCAAAGUCCUUGUUGUUGGAGAUACGGGAGUAGGAAAAACCUCGAUAACAGCCUGCUUCUUUGGGGAGGAGAUCCCACCCAUUCACUUUCCGACGCAUGUGCUGAGCGUCGAUUAUUGCACCUUCGAGAUUUCUUCAAAAGAGAUUGGUGUCUACAUAUGCGACCUGCCCGGGAGUGAGCAUUUUCGACCGAUAGUAAGGUGCUUCUACCCAGAAGCUGCGGCCAUCUUGCUCGUGUUCGACCUCAUCAACAGACACACAUUCAACAACCUCCCCCGAUGGAUGAAGGAGAUAAGAGAGGGUCUCCCUUCGCACAGCGCCGUCGUCCUCAUCGGGAACAAGAGCGACCUCAAGAAAGCCCGAGUGGUGUCCAGGACAGAGGCGCAGAUCUUCGCCGACAGCUUCAACCUACUAUACUUCGAGGUCUCGGCCGCUCUCGAUCUCAACGUCGGCCUGGUAUUCGACGUCGCUGCUGGGUUGGUGCAUGAGCAGGUCGAGGAACAAGAUGGGACGGCGCCAGACGAGGAAAAGGUGCUUCCUUCUUGUGACGAGGGGGAGGAAGAACGCUUGCGUUUGAGGAAACGAGUGUAAUCCUAUUAUCGGAUGAUGUGUGAAGUGUUUGUAUAUGUUUUUUUUUUUUUUUGUAUUAUUUUUGUUUGUUCUUUGAGAGGUAGAUUUUCAAACUUUUUCUUCUUCCUUGGUUGCCUUUCUUCUUCCUAAACGUCGGUGUGUUGUACCUAUGCUGGUAAAAUAUAUAAAAUGAAGAUGUAAAUUCGAAAAAGGAUUAAUAUUAUUAACACAACCGAUGUGCCAGAUUUCUCUCUUUCUCUCUCUCUCUUUUUUUCUUUUUUUUUUUUUUUUACGCGGACUAAUGCAUUCUACAUUGUGUAGAACGCAGGCAAGCACAACCUUCAAGGAUAGCACACUCGUAAAGAAGCUUUAAGUAUAAAAGUGUCCUUAAGUUGCAAAUACACGUGGCUUAAGGAAGGGUAGAUUCCAGUGUGACUUGAAUGUUUUCUUAACUGCAAGAUGCAUGCAAGUCACCCUCGUAGAGCGAGAUAAUGACGUCACUAAUUUUGCAAGCAACUUUUGAGAGAUACGGAAGGAAUGUUGCUUAUUUGUAAGGUAAAUUAAGUUGAUCCGAGUAUAUUAAUGGAUAUUUGUAGGAAAUUAUCUUACUGACAAAAAAGACAUGACGCAUACAUAAACGUGAGCUUCGUAGCGCAUGUUGCAAAAUGCUGUUUGCAUGGAAAUGAGGCGAAAAAGCCACAAUAGCUGUGUGUUGUUUUUGGUAUUUGUGAUCUUGAUAUCUGGCAAUACAAUGAUGAAUUUCAUUACGAUAUUGAUAUUAAUAGUAGUAAUAAUA